CUCGUGCGCGAGACCAGGGCUUUUGCGGCAUGCUCGCGACCAUCUUCGGAGCCCGCCGACAUCGCUGAAUUUUGAACAUCCGAGAAAGGCCCCGGGACAGCAGCCGGCAACAGGGACAGCUCAAGGACCCGCUCGGCAACAAAGGCAAGGGCGCGGCGCCAUGGAGGAGCCGCCGCAGGGCGCUGUCCGUGCACCCCGGUCGCACACGUCGGCCGACUCGGCGGCGCGAGAGAGCAGCUACGGGUCUGCGCGCACCGCGGAGUCGGACGCCCGCCGCGAGGCCUGGGCCCGCCACCCGUACUACAGCAGCCAGGAAGAACAGCAGCAGCAGCAGCAUAUGCAGCAGCAAAUGCAGCUGCAACAGAUGCAGCAGAUGCAGCUGCAACAGAUGCAGCAGAUGCAGCAGCAGCCGUACGCACCCCCACUGCUCGAGCAGAAGUCGUCGUCGCGCUCCAAGCGCGGCUCGCGCAAGGGCCACCACCGAAGCGGAAAGCCCAGCAAGCACGGCUCCUCGGCCACCUCCGCCGGAGGAGGAGCGGGCGAGGUGGGCAGCGGCAUGAUCCCGAGCGACAAACAGCAGCUGCAGAUGCAGAUCGAGCAGAACCGUGAUGCCAUGAUGCGCCACAAGGAGGUGAAGAAGAAGCAGGAGGCCGCGCGAGCCUACCGAGCCAUGCGGGAGAACACCGCCGCCGCACCGUCGCUGGCCGCGCUUCUGCUGGUGUGCAUCUGGAUCUCCCUGGUGUCGGGCUUCUCCAUCCUGGCGUUCGGCUGGAUCUUCAACGUGUUCGUGCAGGCCACGCCCUUCUUCUACGUGUCCCUCGGCACCGGAUCCAGCCUCGUCCUCCUCGGAUCUUUCCUCGCCGCCUUCCGCAGCAAGACGCCAGCUUCGGUCGCCUUCGGCCCCUGACGACGUCUCGUCUCGUGGAGACGACGCCGAGAGGCACAGACCGUCGCUGCCAACUGCGAAGGUGCGGGUUCGAUCGCCACGGAGAUGGCACGACACCUGCCCGGUGCUCGAAUCGCUUGGGUUUUUGUCCCUGAAGGUCAAAGUAAAA